AUGGGCGGCGGCGUCGCGUACACCCGCGGCACCUCGUUCAUGUUCAAGCACUGGGUCGAAGAGCCUUUCGAGCUCACUCCAGCUGAUAUAUCUACGUUGGACCUGCCUGGUUCCAAAAAGGCGGGGCUGAUUCUGCGAUAUCGCGACAUCGAGCUCGUUGUGUCCAGCGCGCGGGCUUUGCCAGGAGACGGCACAACGACGACAAAGGCCCGCAUUGAAUUCACUGGACGCACUACCGAGGCCAUCCGCAAGGCUACCACGUACUUCACUGCAGCGACGACGACAAGUGUGUCGUUUUUCGUGAGGUCAGAAGUUGAGCGAGCCCACUUGAUACACCUGGUUGAGCUCAAUACCGUCAUCAACCCCGCCACGGCAUCGCAAUCGCCACCCCCUGAACCGCACGCGAUUCCAUUACCGUCAGAAAUACCGUUGAUGGCAAUAGAUUCGCAAUGUCCCGCAGCACCAGCGUUGUCUUCGCAUACUCGACAAACCAGUGGCGUCAAACACAUCAUCGACGAUGGUUUUCAAUCGCUCGAAACGGCAGCGGCCCUUGAAGGAAAACAAGACUGGGCAGCUGCGCUGCACGCGUACGAGCACGCCCAUCGCUGUUUCUUUCAGUCUUGUCCUCACAUUCCGCCGGACAAAGCGUCAACUCGCCAGUUACUUCAAGAAAAGUGCACCGAACUGUCCACGACCAUCGCCACCCUUCGCAGUCGCAUUGAGGUCGCAGCCAGUAAUUUGCCACCUGCUCCCGUGAUUCCAACGCACUUUACACCAACGAUAGCUCCCGCGACAGUCCCCACGGCGCCUCCGCAGCAGCCCAUCUCACCAGUCUCGUCCGUGCAUGAGCUCCAUGACAUGUCGCCGCCGUCUUUGCACAAUUUCUCGAUCGACGAACGAAUGCACAGUUUGCACAAAUUUGCCGAGGCGCAAGACGUAAAGCGCGCACAGGAACAGAAACUCCCGAUAGCGUCGGACCUGGCGCUGCGAUUGGCAGCUCUCAAGAUGGAGACCACCGUGGUGCCUCCGUUGAGUACACUGGAAGCCCGGCUGCAGCGUCUGCGGGGUAGUGAGCCUUCACCGACAGUGGCACCUUCGUAUCUCGCGCCAAUUGCCCCAGACGACGGCUUGGCAUCACUUGUGGCCAACCUCGACGACGAAGAUAACUUCAGUGAGGACGACACCCUCGACUACGCAAUGAACGAAGCACUGCAAAAUGAAGAUGUUGCUGUCCACGUGACGGCCCUUCUCGCAGAAGCCCAGCAAGUCAUGACGACUGCUACUUCAUCAGCGGUCUCACCGUCAACUCAAGCGUCCAACGACAGUGGCGAUGCCCAAGUGGACGCGCUGGUGAAACAAGUUCUCGACGAAGUGGCAUUGGAGACUAAAGUCGCAGACGGCGGUGAAGCAGCUCCCCCUGGAACGAAGCACGACGACGAUUUCGUCGAAGUCGGCGUGAGCGACCAAAGUAGUGAUCGCACCCCGAAAACCCCCUAA